AUGGAUUCGAUCUGUGAUUAUGUAGAAGUAGAAGAGCAACAAACCAGGGAAGAACGAUCCAAUGAAGAAGUAUUUUCAACUCCGGCAACCAUUGAAAUAAUUCGCGCCAUGACAACUCGUAAAAGCGAAAACACAUUACAAGAUAAAUUUGAAAUUAUUGACUUAUUAAACGAUACUAGUUCCGAUCUCGAAGAAUUCACCGAUACCGCGGUAAACGAUAAUGUUUCGAGCAAAGAUGGUGGAACUUUGGUUAGGGAUACGUCACCAAUCGUGAGUUCCUUUUCACAAAAUACCAUUCAAAGUUCUCAACAAGAUACUCAAAGUACUGUUGCGCAAAGUCCUUCUCGAAAAGCCAAAGGUAAAUCGGUUUCCAAAGUAUCUAAAUCUCCUCAAUCUCAACUCCUUAAAAAGGAUAAAGCACAAGUGGUUACUACUCAUCGAUAUGAAACUCGUUCAAAACCAUCACGUCGUCACACAUCUUUAUCUUCCUCUAAUAAUCAUAAUGAUGAUAAUCGUAGUGAUGAUGUUUCUCAAAGAUCACAAAAGUUAAAAAGAUCAAAUAAUGAUGGAAAUGCAGCUGGUUGA